CGGGAUUAUUCGUGAACUCAAGUGCCCCCCAAUCCGCCGAAGAGAGCUACAACUGUUUUAACAGCUGACACACUUCCCAUUUCGAUCAGGUGAAGCGGGAUUUCUGGGCUUAGCGGCCGCUGCUGUUGUCCCCGCGGGCUCUUCUCCUCUCUGUGGAUGGUGCGUAAUAUCAUCUGGAGAGGCCGAGGCCGACAUUUUACCCCGGUCCGGAGGAGCCUUCACUCCGAGGGGACAUCCGAGGACACGCGAUAAGGCUGGGAGGCUGAGAGCUGCAGGGCUGCGACAUGUGAAAAGAGCUCCACCCCUUGACCCUGUCAACUCUCGACCUUAGCAGAAUUCACUUGAACUGACGUUGUGACCGCGACCUGACACCCUCCUGCCUCGGGCAUGCCUCAGCCGGGUAUGAAUGGGAUGGAGCCUGCGUUUGGCGAGGCCUACGGGGGACACAGGGGUCUGCUGAGCCCCUACCCUCUGGCCAUGUCGCCACAAGGGGGCAGGACUGAGUACGACCAGAGCGUGCUCCUCAUGCUGGGCUCCCCGGCAUCGCCAAGGAAACGGCCCUUUGAGUUGCUAAGCGACCUGGUGGAUGAUGGUGGCUUUGGCGAGGACCUGCACCCGGAGCGCUGGGACGUGUCUGCUCUGGACGAGAUGGCUCGCUACACCAAGCUGGGCCUCGGGGUGGGAGGGGAGCUGCUGGCCUGCUCUGAGGAGGCCGUCCUGAUGGGCCGCUGGGGGAGAAGCCGGGAGGAGCAGGAGGAGGAAGAGGAAGAGGAGAGGAGGAGGAGGAGCAAACACACAGCUCCUCCUAUCACCCAGGAAGUCCAGGCCACUGCUGCAGGAAGGGAGGAGGAGCGUAUCUCUGUUGCCACAACAACAGAGAGGGAGUUAUGUGUUGCAGGAAGAGCAGCCGGAGGAGGACAGGAUGGGGGGAUGUCGAGGGAGCGUACAGUGGAGGUGUAUCAGGUGGCACAGGAGGAAGAAGAGGUGGCGGCGGCAGCGGCGGCGGCAGGUUUGACUCUGGAGCACUGCAGCGAGGAACACAACUACUCCUUGAGCCAGGGCGAGGUGCUGGUGGCAGGGCCUGGUCCCAACUCCCAGACAGACGGGGUGCGGGCGGGGGAAACGCAGCAGGAGGUACGGGGUAGGGAGGAGAGCCAGGCCAAAACUGAGCUGAACCCGGAGGAUGAGGAGCAGGAGGAAGAGGAGGAUGAUGAAGAGGAGGAAGAAGGAGAAGAGGGAGCAGAGGAGACGGCGGUGGAAGCUGAACUCUCCAGCUCCUCAGAAACUGAAUGUGAGGUGGAGGCCGAGCCAGUGAGGCAGCCAGGUGAGCGCCCUGCAAAACGCCGCUGUUUCUGGGAGUACCGACGUGCUCGAGAGACGGCCACAAAGAAGAAACUGGGCGGAGACGUUCACUGGUCUCUCUCCUGGAGCUCCAGCACUCUACCCAGCACACUGUACCGCCGAGAGGGCAAAAAAGGGCGGCGCAAAGCUCGUAAGACAGACGCCAGCGACCUGACACCAAACCCACAGAAGCUCCACAAUAUUGGGGAGCAGCUACAGAAGCUCAAUGCUGCCAUCGACGGCAUGGGUCCAGUCAAUGACCUGCCGGCCGUGGCCCGAGCCCGGUCCCGUAAAGAGAAGAACAAGCUGGCCUCCAGGGCCUGCCGGCUGAAGAAGAAGGCCCAGCACGAAGCCAACAAGAUCAAGCUGUGGGGGCUCAACCAGGAGUAUGAGAACUUGUUGGGAGCUCUGCUGCGGAUCAAAGAGGUGAUCCGACGGCGGGUGGAGAGCAGCGAGGAAGAGGACACGGACGAGCGAGGGAUGACCCAACGCCUGGAAGACAUCCUGCGAGAGUCCAGCGGUCCUUUGGUUGCCGGGCGGACCAAAGACUUUGUGCAGAGGAUUUUGGCGGCCAGCGCGGGCGGUCAGAACCAGCACAAAGAAGCCACGCAGGGAGAUGAUGAGGCAGCGGGCUAAACUCACCCAGCAUCCCCCUCCUCCCUCCCUCCCUUCCCCUCCCAGCACCACCAACCAACCUGACCAAGCUUCUCUACACCGCCUCCACUCUCAAGUUGUAUACAUUUGAGUAAGAGAUGAAGAGGUGGAGAUACUGGGAAAGAGGAGGAGGAAGGAGUAGCCUAAACAAAAUGGAAGUAAAUUGCCACCCUGCUCCUGGCCCUCUCCUGUUGGCCCUCCAAACAGCAGCCGUCUUCACCGCUCUGUCCCUUCGGGCUGCACCGCAACCACCACCAGGCCGGAGCUGCCGCCGCCGCUGCUGCUGCUGCUGACGUCUCUGUAUUCUGUGUUCUGUCCGUCUGUCUGUGUAUGUAUGUGUAUGUUUGUGUGUGUGUGUGUGUGCGCAUGUUGGACAUGUAACAUAGUGUAUGAGCGUGUAUAGUGUUCCUCUCUCCCUCUGUGUGCUGUAUUUGUAUCCCAGUGUGCCUAUGAAUAGACAUUGCACUGUUUUGUAGAUGGUUGUAGUUGCCGGCAGGGGACCGGUAGUGAGCCGAGGGCGAGGGGGCAUUUGAGGAUAGAGGAAAUGCUAAAAUAAGGAAGUGGGAGGAGCCCAGGCCUGGAAGACAAAGAAAUGGGUGUGUGUUUUUUUUAUUUGGCUGGGCUCCUAUAGAAGCACUGCCAUACCAUUUGGAUUGCAUCGGCUUCUGAAAUGUCAGUAAAUGUUGUGACACACAACAAGUGAUGGAGUCCUGAUGCCAGACCAGCUGUUGAUGGAAACAACAGCCUGUUUGUUGUGGAAAAGUCCUUGGAGCUUUAAUAACCCCCCCGCCCCCCCAAAACACCCUUCCACC